AUGCAUCAGCUGUUCAGCCAGGUCCUGGGCCAGAGGGAUCUGUCCAGAGCGGGUGAUCUGUUUUCUCUGGAGGAUGCAGAGAUCGAAGACUGCCUGUCUCAGGCCCUGGACCAGAUCAAGACCAUCUCCUGCUCUCCGGACUAUCUGACCAAUGACAAUGACCAGGCUGUUGUGGAGAUUUGCAUAACGCGCAUAACUACUGCCAUAAGGGAGACAGGCUCCAUCGAACGACACAGCACGGCACUGGUGGGACUGUGGGAGUCGUGUCUGGAACAUAACCUCACCCCACAAGGUGAAAACACAGAGGACACACCGCACGCCAAGAUAGCCUCAGACAUCACCAGCUGUAUCCUGCAGAACUACAGUUGUCCUUCGGUCAUGGUGCUGGCCGUCCCAGUAGCUGUACGGUUCCUGCAGAGAGGGAACUGGGAGCUGAGCAGGAACAUGUCCAGUUAUCUCUCUCUGGCCGCUAUAGCCAAAGCUGAUCUACUGGCUGAACACACAGAGGCCAUAGCACUCAGUGUGCUGGGAGGUAACCACAUGCUGCUACGAGUGUUGCCCUCAGUCUACCCCAGACAACCAGAUACCAUUCAUCAUCACCUAGGCAACCUGACUGCGAUGAUGUCGCAGCUGGAGUCCCCAGAGCAACAACACCUUAUCAGACUUGUUCAAAUGGUUGCAGAGCAACAUCCACUUAUGUUGAGCCCUCAGGUGCCUGCAUUGGUAAGUUACCUUGGAGACCAAUCCCUGACUGAGGCCCUGCUGGGUGCACUCGUGGACGUGUCACAAGCCAGCCCUUCCUCAUUGGUCAGCUUUCUGCCAGCGUUGAGGAUUGUGGGACAGCAAUGCCCUGCUCUCCUGGGUCAUGUGGCCAAGAUCCAUGGUGCUGUGGGCAUCAUCAGUGAGACUCAUGCGCACACCUCUUUGGUCUACCUGGUAUCCCUUCUUAGCAGCAUGGAGCACAGUUUUCACCACACGCUGCUGCUGGAGAUCCGAGCUCUGACUGACCGUUACCCGUCCUUACUAGGAGGUUGCGGUAAAGACAUCUACAGGAUGAGCAACUCGUUCACUGCUAUAGCCAGACUGCUGGGGAGACGACUAGAGGAGAGUGCUGCCACACGCUGCAGAUUCCAGAACGACACACAGUGCCCGCUGUCUCCUUGUGCAUCUCUUCAAGGAGAAGGCGGAGGGGGAGGAGGGGGGUCAGAGCAGCGGCUGCAGGUGAAGAUCCAGGCCUUUGAGGAGAAAAUGGGUGGGGAUGGGGGAGAGGUGGAGGUGGAGGAGAACUCUCCUGCCCCCCAGCGACGCUACAGCCUGAGCCAAGCUGUCAGGGAGGAGCGACGUGAGAUGAGAUUCAACAGGUCAAAGAGCCUGGCUCUGCACGCUGUGCGCUCACGAUCCAUCAACUCAGACACUGGGGAGGACGGGGAGGGAGUGGACCUGAGUCCAGACAGUGUCUUCUCCAGCACCUUGCCUCCCCAGCAUUCAGAGCACCAGGAAGUACCGCCUCCUGAAAAGAAACUGACCAGUGACGUGCCAUUGCCCAUCACAACUGUGCCGGACAGAAGGGUCAAAGAGGCCGAGAAAGGUCACAGCAGAGAGAAGGAGGCACAGGGGGACACUGACAGACUCUUUGUCCAUUUAAGAGACAGUAUGGAGACAAUCAGAGAGUUCUGUAAAGACAUGGUGCAGCAGAUCCCCAUACCAGAGCAGUGCAUGAUAGAAGAUUCUAAUCGAGGCUGUGUGGCUAAGCUGUCCUUCUCCUGUCCUCUGAAGGGCCACUACUGCCUGUACGCCAAGUCCUGCUUCAACCUGACCAGUCGACAGCCUCAUGUGUGGAUACACAUCAUGCUGCUGCAUCUACAGAGUAAGUCCAGAGUCCCUCUAUGCUCCAGAGACCAGUGUGUCCAGAGACUGGCUUCCCUUUGGGAGAAAACUCAGCUGAAAGGAGCUCAUAGCUUCCCAAUGGCUAUGACACAACACACCACCCCUCACAGGAAGGACAUGGACAGUCUCCAGAUCCAACUGGAAGAGGUCCGUUUCUUUGACCUGUUUGGCUACAGCGAGGAGGAGGGAGGCUGGCUCUGUUUCAUGUGUAACAACCCUGAGAAAGCCACAGUUGUGAACCAGGAGGGGCAGCCUCUGAUCGAGGGGAAGCUGAAGGAGAAGCAGGUCCGCUGGAAGUUCAUCAAGCGCUGGAAAACCCGUUACUUCACCUUGGCAGGAAACCAGCUACUCUUCCGUAGAGGCAAAUCAAAAGAUGAGCUGGAUGAUAUUCCUAUUGAGCUGAGCAAAGUGCAAAGUGUUAAGGUGGUGGCCAAGAAGCGCCGGGAUCGGGGCCUGCCGCGGGCCUUUGAGAUCUUCACUGACAGUAAGACGUACGUGCUGAAAGCUCAGGAUGAGAAACAUGCUGAAGAGUGGCUGCAGUGCAUCAACGUCGCUGUGGCUCAGGCAAGAGAGAGGGAGAACAGAGAGGCUACCACCUACCUGUGAGAGCAACAUCAUCACAGAUGCUAACAUGGACACAUGACGUGACACAUGACCAUUAUGCCUAUAGACUCAUGCAGAUAUGAGGAACAUGUUCAGCUGUAAGGUAUUCAAGAAAAAAAAAUCUU